CUGAGCUAGUCGGAGAGUGAGCGAGAGCAAGGAGGGAGAGGAGGAGAAAGAGAGCGAGGGCGGGCGGGAGGCGGCGGCGGCGGCGGCAGUAAUAGCAGGAGCAGCCACAGAAGGCGUCGGAGCGGGCGUCGGAGCUGCCUGCUGGCGGGGAGAGAGAGAGAGGAGAGAGACGGAAAGCGAGCGAGGAGAGGAGCCCGAGGCGAAAAAGUAACUGUCAAAUGCGCGGCUCCUUUAACCGGAGCGCUCAGUCCGGCUCCGAGAGUCAUGGCGACCGCAGCGUCUAACCACUACAGCCUGCUCACCUCCAGCGCCUCCAUCGUGCACACCGAGCCGCCGGGCGGCAUGCAGCAGGGCGCGGGGGGCUACCGCGAGGCGCAGAGCCUGGUGCAGGGCGACUACGGCGCGCUGCAGAGCAACGGGCACCCGCUCAGCCACGCUCACCAGUGGAUCACCGCGCUGUCCCACGGCGGCGGCGGCGGGGGCGGCGGCGGCGGAGGCGGCGGCGGGGGCGGGGGCGGCGGCGGGGGCGGCGGCGACGGCUCGCCCUGGUCCACCAGCCCCCUGGGCCAGCCGGACAUCAAGCCCUCGGUGGUGGUGCAGCAGGGCGGCCGCGGCGACGAGCUGCACGGCCCGGGCACCCUGCAGCAGCAGCAGCCGCCGCAGCCGCCGCAGCAGCAGCAGCAGCAGCCGCGGCCGCCGCAUCUGGUGCACCACGCCGCCAACCACCACCCGGGGCCCGGGGCAUGGCGGAGCGCGGCGGCUGCGGCGCACCUCCCGCCCUCCAUGGGGGCGUCCAACGGCGGUUUGCUCUACUCGCAGCCCAGCUUCACCGUGAACGGCAUGCUGGGCGCCGGCGGGCAGCCGGCAGGGCUGCACCACCACGGCCUGCGGGACGCGCACGACGAGCCGCACCACGCGGACCACCACCCGCACCCGCACUCGCACGCGCACCAGCAGCCGCCGCCCCCGCCGCCCCCGCAGGGCCCGCCCGGCCACCCGGGCGCGCACCACGACCCGCACUCGGAUGAGGACACGCCGACCUCGGAUGACCUGGAGCAGUUCGCCAAGCAGUUCAAGCAGCGGCGGAUCAAACUGGGAUUUACCCAAGCGGACGUGGGGCUGGCGCUGGGCACCCUCUACGGCAACGUGUUCUCGCAGACCACCAUCUGCAGGUUUGAGGCCCUGCAGCUGAGCUUCAAGAACAUGUGCAAGCUGAAGCCUUUGUUGAACAAGUGGUUGGAGGAGGCGGACUCGUCCUCGGGCAGCCCCACGAGCAUAGACAAGAUCGCAGCGCAGGGGCGCAAGAGGAAAAAGCGGACCUCCAUCGAGGUGAGCGUCAAGGGGGCUCUGGAGAGCCAUUUCCUCAAAUGCCCCAAGCCCUCGGCCCAGGAGAUCACCUCCCUCGCGGACAGCUUACAGCUGGAGAAGGAGGUGGUGAGAGUUUGGUUUUGUAACAGGAGACAGAAAGAGAAAAGGAUGACCCCUCCCGGAGGGACUCUGCCGGGCGCCGAGGAUGUGUACGGGGGGAGUAGGGACACGCCACCACACCAUGGGGUGCAGACGCCCGUCCAGUGAACUCGAGCGGGAGGGGGAGGGGCAGAGCGCGGGCUCCCCCUCCCCUUUGGUCCGCGGCCCUUUCCCGACCCCCUUGUUCCCUCUCUAACUUCUGAUUGUUAUUUUCUUUUUAAUUAUUAUUUCCCCGUCCCUUAAAAAGAAAAAAAAAUAAUAAUAAGGAAAACAACUAAGGCACUGGACUAUCCUUUAAACGGUAGCAGGUGUAAUGAUAUGUUUUGACCUUUACAGGCUAGUACCCAGGCAAUGGAGUGGAGUGUCUCCUAGAGAGAGUGAGCAGUGUGUGUGUGUGUGUGUGUGAGAGAGAGAGAGAGAGAGGGAGGGAGGGAGAGAGAGAGAUGGCGAGCACUGAGUUAAAUACCUGGCAAAACUAAAUAAAUUACCAAAAAGAAAAAAAAAAUCCACCAAGCCCUAGUAAAUACAAAACACAGCUCCUGAUGCUCGGCGUUGGCACAUGCUGCUGUGUUUAUUCAAUGUGGAUCCCCAUCAGGAAAGAGGGAAAAAUACACACGUUCUUUGAUGUAGGCAAAACUUAACCACAUAAAUUUGCACUGCAAGGAAAUUGAAGUUUACAUGAACAAAUUCACGAGCAUGUUUUUUCUUUCUCCCACCGUUAAUUUUGAAAUUGCCGGGUUGGGUUUGGUUUGAUUCCUGGGAGAGAGCUGAAGCCAGCUUUUGGCCACUCUCCAUUUCUAAUGCUCUUGUGUUGCCCCUCCUUAUUCUUACUGUUUGUGAACUUUGGUUACCUUCAGAGCCCAUCUCCUUACAUUAGGGUAACGUUUAUUUGCUCCUUUUACCAAAGCAAACCCGAUCAACUUCAUACAAAAUAAACAUUUCUCUGCUUUCAGGAAAUAGGCAUGGUCUACCCGCUUUAUCCAAGGCAAGAAUCCUGUUUGGAAUACAAAAAUGAAAGUGAAGCAUUGGUUUUGGUGACCAGCCACAAAGUAAACUUCAUUUUCAGGCAGUGUUUCUGGGGGAGGUUGUGGAGGGGAGAAAAGUGAAAUCGAUAGUGAGUGACUGACUGCUUCAUUUUAUCAGGCGGGGCCCAUUGUGAAAGAGCUCAGAGGAAAUGCCGAGGUUAAAUAUAUUUUCAGAGUUGUCCAACAGAAGGAAAGUGGCACCUUGAAAGGAACAAGGGAAAUAUAUAUCUUCAGACACCACCGCUCAGUUCUUUGCCUUCAGUUUUAAUAACUUAAUUAUGAGGAAUUAUUUGUGCUGACAGCAGCAGUUAAACUUUGUUCCUCUAAUAGCUUUUUUUUUUUUUAACAUAAAAUAAUCUGGGAACUUAAUGGUGUAUGCAUAGACUAUGAUUCUUAGCACACAAAAUACCCACAUGCCUACAGAGAAUAUCUCCACUCUAGGCUGACUUUUGUCUUCACUAGCUCAUUUGUUUAUCAAAUCAUAUAUAAGGUCCCACACCCUAUUCAUAUGUAAUUUAUUACAGAAAAUACCAGUUUGACUUGGACAGCUUUCCCCCCUCUUUUACUAAAGAAGCCAAAUGAAGUAUAGGGAAACAAUGUUAUUUUCAAUCCUUCCUACUCUCCCUUUGUUAACAGUUUUAAGUGCAUUUUUUUUUUUUACCUUAUCUUGAUGGAAAACGGUUGACUCCCUUAACAAAAGACUCUUCCGAGAGGUGUAAGUGGGAAAAAAAACACAACUUGUAACUUUACUGAAAAUAAAUACCAUUAAACUGUGAUCAGUUAAAAUAUUAGAUAAUAAUCAGCACAAAAGGGCGCUAAAAGGGAAAAUACUUUGUAUUCAUCUUAAAAGUUUGGGGCUUUUUUUUCUGGUUAGGUCUUAGACAAAUUUUUAUUUAAAAAAAUUAAAUUCUCACUACCAGAAAAUGAUGGUUCAGCAUCAAAUUAGCAUUGCAAUCAGUAGUUAAGGUUUUAGGAACUAUGCUUUAUAUUGUCUUUUCAAACACCUGUGAUUGUUUCAUUUUCAGUGUUUUUGCAAGAUAAAUGAUGGCUUAUAAAUGGGCAUAUUUAUUUGCCUGUAUUUCAUUUCCCCCAGUGAAUGUCUCAAGGAGAUGGGCAUGGAGCUCCUUGGGGGUGCUUCAUGCUGCCUGUUCCUGAGGUGUGGGAACUGGCCUUUAGAGAAGCAAUCCAGAGCAGGACAUAGAGCCAAUGGUGAAGGGAGGAAAUGAAUUUUCAAAUUCUUAUUACCAAGUGGGUAAGGUCAGAAGCUGGAGUUCAGGGGAUGUGUCUGUAGCCUCUAACUCUCAUAGGUUUACUAAGAUGAAAGUUACCACUGAACCUUACCACUAUGUAUAUAUGUUUAAUAUCUGUCUUUUGAAAUGCAGAAAUAGUUUAAAUGUUUCUUUGUCUAUUUUCUUUUUUUUUAAAUGCUACCCAGGGAAAUAUUUUCAUAUCAUUUUUAAGUGGCCUGCCUCAAUGUAUAUUUAUUUCUUUUAAAGCAAAAAGGUUCUGGAAACUGUUUUUCUGUAGCUUUAAAUGAGUAGGUAAGCAAAAUCUAUAUGGGAUGUAAUUUUUUUUUUGUUCAGUCUCUUUAAAAAUACUUUGUUUUGGUACAUUUGGUUGUGCUUGUGGGGAAAAUAAAAACGCAGAGAUCCUUAUAUAUUUAUGUUAAAGUAAUAUUUUAUUAUCUACAUAAAACAGAAAUGCACAAUA